GUGGAAGAUAUAAACGAGACCUCGGAAGAAGGCCGCUGAAGAAGUCGAGAUCGCGUUCUGUGCCAUCAAUCGCUUUGAAAAUACGCGCGUUUUUCGGUGGUUAGCAACUUUGCCGUUUGAUACUUUACGAUUGCGCCAGUAUGAAGACAUCUACAUUAGCAGUGGCGUGGCUCUGGAUGGGGCUGGUGGCGGCGUUUGGAGGCAGCGAGGACCGAUUCAUCAAGAAAUACGCCAUGAUGAAGAUAUACGAGAGCUGUUUUGGCCCGGAAGUCGUGCGCCAGAUUCGCAAGGAAAUGAAAGCGGCCUGUUUGAAGUGCGCCACCUAUGAAGCGCCUGCAGCCCCAGCUACAACUGCUGCGCCUCCCCAGCCUUCUUCUACUGAAGAUCCUGGGCAAGCCGACGCCAAUUUGCCUGCGGCAAACCCCGCCUACAGCGGCAACGCCCAGGGAAUCGACGUGGAUAAGCUGCAUCAAGCCAUCAUGGCCUUCAGGCCUGUAAGUCACCCCCAGCCCAGCCAAUCGCUCGCCAGCUCUACUGGGCAUUUCCAGAAUAUGGGGCAACAGCCCUACAGGCCUGCCUCCUACUCCCAGGCGCCCCCUAAUAACUUCUACAGCCCCAUGGCUUUCAGCAAUCCAGGUUUCCAGAACCCGGGCGGCUUCCCCUUCUUUUACCCAGGAUAUCAGCAGAUCCCGUUCUCUCCCUAUGGAGGCUACCCAGUGGUGGGACAACAGUUCUAUGGAAGCGGCACCCGAAUGUCUAGGGAUAUGGACAUUAGGGGCCAGAUUGAGGCAAUUACUUCAAAGAUGAGCGGCAAAGUGCGCAAUGUGACCUGCGUGAUGCAGGAACUCGGAUAUUUGGACGCCAAUCUGGAACCGAACUUUGAGAAGAUCAGCGAGAGGAUCGGCAAUCUGCCAGUGGAUGAGGAACUGAGGCGUGAUAUGCAGGAUGGUGUUUCUUUCUGCCAACAGUUCUCUCAAUGCGUGCCGGAAGUGAAGAAGGAAAAGUCCCCAUUGAGCCGCGAGCUGAUCCGGCCGAUGUUCUUCUUCAAGUGCUACAAGCACAAGAAGCUGGAAGCCUGCAUUAUGCGGGACGUGAGGGAAAAGUACGCGGGAGUGACUGAGGACGACUUUGAGGGAGGCGACAUGGAGUUGAGGCGCACCGGGCGUCAUGGAAAGGCCGCCAGUCUUGGAACGGACGAGGAGAGCGAAGUGGAUAACUUGGCAGCUUCCAUGUACGAGUUCCUCUACGCUAGUGACAGUGGCUUUGAUGUGGAUGGCAUUUUGUAAGCUCUUCAGCUGCAUUUCCCUUGGACUUUUGCAAUGGAACAGUACGGGAUUUUGUACAGUUUUAUUGUGAAAAUUCGAUGAUGUUCGUUCUUAUUUAUUCAAAUAAAGGAGUGUGUGGAAUAA